AUGCGUAGAGAAAUUUGGGCCAAAGUGUUGAUCAAAUCCAAUGAAAUCGCCAGUGAAUUAAAGGAUGCGAAACAUGGCAUCAAAAUGGGACAACAGAUUGACGGAUGCGAUGAUGCAGUUAAUAACUUGGACCGGGAUUGGGACGGGUCGCCAGUGAACUACACGUGUUAUAAUCCUCAGUUACCUUUACCAGUAUUGCCUCACAUCAAGAGCAUCGAGACAUGCGAUCCCAUUCCCGAUGGAUAUUAUCCUCAACACCAUUGUAUUGCUGAACAAAUUGUGUACAACGAGACGCUCACCACUUAUGGAGACCACAGACCUCUUUGGCCAGUGUUUGGCGAAUAUAAAUUUGUUCCCAAACAGCGAUGGCUCCAUAAUAUCGAGACUACGAGCGCUGGUCACCAGUUGUAUCCGAAAGCAUAUCAUAACGCCGUAUAA